CACCUCCUUUUCCCCACUCCCUCGCUUUCCUGAUUUCUCAACAUCUCUCUUGUUCUGAUCCUGAUCUUAUUGUUUGACUUAUUGAAGACUUAUUUUCCUCUUCAUUAUUUGUGCUGGGGAGACUUCAAAUAUUUCCCUCCUACUCUCACUAUAUUUUCCUCUCUGUCUCCCACCCUCCCUCUUUCUAAUUUGCUUUCAUUGCCGUUUCCUUCCCAGGCUGAGAGUUCUCCUCUUUUCCCAGGCUCUUUGGCUGAAAGCAGCAAAGAUAACUUUGACUGUUUUCACUUCAGCACAAGGCAAAGACGGCUGCUCCUAAGGACUUUUGGACGUUGACUGAAUGCUGACACAGCUUUUGGCUAGUUUCUCCACAGGCCAGCCCUCUCUGCUCUGCACGGGUCUUUAAAUGCUGCCAUAAAGAAUACAGCAGCUGAGGCCGAAAUAUAUACCACUGACUCACGAAGGUGGCAGUGAGAUGAAAAUAACCUGGAAGACAGUGCAUUGAGGAUUUCAUCUUUUAUCAAAGUAGCAUUGAAAUGAAAUCACUCCAGCUAUGGCCCCUCCUCCUCCUCCCCGUUCUACUGGUCAACUUCUCCAACCAAUUAGAAGACAACAAGAUACCGCCCAGUCUGUGUACGGGACACCCAGGUAUCCCAGGCACCCCUGGGUUGCACGGAGGUGCUGGCCAACCAGGAAGAGAUGGGAGGGACGGGCGUGAUUCUGCCCCUGGGGAGAAGGGAGAGAAGGGAGUCGGGGGAGAGCCAGGUGACACAGGCUUUAGGGGCCUCACUGGAGACCAGGGGAACCCUGGAGAUAAAGGAGACAGGGGGCAGUCGGGGGAGUGCGCCAUUGCUCCCAAAUCAGCCUUCAGCGCCAAGUUGUCCGAGGGCCGCACCAAGCCCGUGGCGGCGGAAGACGCUGUGCACUUUGACAAGGUAAUACUCAACGAGCAGGGCGACUACGACAUGGAAACAGGACGCUUCACCUGCAAAGUGCCCGGCGUCUACUACUUUGCGGUCCACGCCACCGUCUACCGGGCCAGCCUGCAGUUUGACCUGAUGAAAAACGGUCACACGAUGGCGUCGUAUUUCCAGUUCUAUGGGAACUGGCCCAAGCCAGCGUCUUUGUCCGGGGGCUCGCUGCUGCACCUCAUCCCGGGCGACCAGGUGUGGGUACAGAUGGCAUUGGGAGAGUACAGUGGUUUCUACUCCAGCUCUAAGACUGACAGCACCUUCACUGGCUUCUUGGUGUACUCAGACUGGAAAAACUCUGCUGUCUUCGCCAAGGGCGAAGGGGUAUAGACAUUGGGGGGGACCAAGUUUAGUAUGGGGGCUGGGGGUCCUGCCUCAGAAAAUAUUUCAACAUUUUAAACAAAUUUACUGCCAUUCUACAUGAUUCGUGGCUUCUUUAGAAGGAAACUCUGGUCUUUGCAUAAACACAUUAAGCAGUAGACUAUGGCACAUACCAUACUGAUGAGUUGUGAUGAUGAAUCAGGUGAACUGUCGUGCUUUCAGCUGUGCUUCGGGUUAGCUAUUUGACUGCUGCUGUGCGAUGGUGAAUACACAGUUUUUGAUCUACAUGCAUCAUUGUUUUUUUGCCUUUACAAACAAGGACAGGGGUUUAAAUGAGACAUGUUGGCUCCUGCAGUUGGUAGGAAUUAGCAACAUAAGAAGGUUAUAUAUUCAGUUUAGUGGUGGAGAGGUAAAGAGGAUUCAAGAAGACAUCAUACAGGUAUGUGAGCUGUUUAGGACUUCCAACUGUGACAUCACUGACUGAUGUCAUGGUACUUAGACAGUUUUUUGUGGAAGAAAAAAAAAAGAGUUGUAAAGUAUUCAAACGUAAGCCCUAAAAUAGGCUUUUCACAAUCUUUUAACGUAUCUGUCUGUGCAGCCCUCAGUUAUGUCACCAAUAAAAAUGUCAACUCUCA